UCUGGUUUGUUUACAUUUUUUUAAGUAAUCUCUACACCCAAUGUGUGGCUUCAACUCAUGGCCCCAGAUCAAGAGUCCCAGGCUCUUCCAACUGAGCCAGCAAGGCUCCCCAACACAUACGUUUGAAUAAAGACACUUAAUGACUGGCGCUUUUAGAAUCACGAACAGAUUCCUGGAGCGGAAUUACUGGAAGGAACCUGAAGACCCAAAAGGAAUCCUUCCCCUGAGACACCAAAUCAAGUUAAGUUCCUACCCAUCCAGCCAUGUUAGUUUCCAUUCCCUGCACUUCAACUAGUUGGGUCCUUGAAUAGAAAUGAGUCACUUGCACCAAAGAAUCACAGGUAUGUCUGUUCUUUGAGUAAUAACUUGCAAGCUACUGCCUCGACAAUGAUAGUAAAAAAUUGGAAGAAAAAAAACCAGAUGAGUUUUAUGCAGAAAUGAAUCUCAUACUGUAAGGCUUGGAAGAGAAACCCAAGCCUCAGAUGAGAUUCCUGACUCAGCUGACAUCUUGAUUUCAAUCUUGAGCAGAACACCCAGUUCACCUGACUCAGACACUGGACGGACACAAAAGGCGUGGAAAAUGACAAACGUGAGCCUCAUCACAACGUUCUUCCUCAUGGGGCUUCCCCGUGCACCUGCGCUGGACAUCCCCCUCUGGGGACUGUUCUUGGUGAUUUAUGUACUCACCGUGCUGGGGAACUUCCUCAUCCUGCUGGUGAUCGCGGUGGAUUCCCACCUCCACACCCCCAUGUACUACUUCCUGACCAACCUGUCCUUCAUUGACAUGUGGUUCUCCACGGUCACCGUGCCCAAAAUGCUGAUGACCUUGGCGUCCCCAGGAGGCAGGGCGAUCUCCUUUCACAGCUGUGUGGCCCAGCUCUACUCCUUCCACUUCCUGGGGAGCACCGAGUGUUUCCUCUACACAGUCAUGUCCUAUGACCGCUACCUGGCCAUCAGUCACCCGCUCAGGUACCCCAGCAUGAUGAGUGGGAGGACGUGUGCCCUCCUGGCCACCAGCACGUGGCUCAGUGGCUCUCUGCACUCUGCUGUCCAGACCACACUGACAUUCCGUUUGCCCUACUGUGGGCCCAACCAGAUCCAGCAUUACUUCUGUGAUGCCCCUCCCAUCCUCAAGCUGGCCUGCACGGACACCUCCGUGAACGAGAUGGUGAUCUUUGUCAACAUCGGGGUCGUGGCCUCGGGCUGCUUUCUCCUGAUAGUGCUGUCCUAUGUGUCCAUCAUCUGGUCCAUCCUGAAGAUCCGCACCUCAGAGGGGAGACACAGAGCCUUUCAGACCUGCGCCUCCCACUGCAUUGUGGUCCUUUGUUUCUUUGUUCCCUGUGUUUUCAUUUACCUGAGGCCAGGCUCCCGGGAUGCUGUGGAUGGGGUUGUGGCAGUUUUCUACACGGUGCUGACACCCCUUCUAAACCCGGUGGUGUACACCCUGAGGAACAAGGAAGUGAAGAGAGCUCUGUGGAAGCUUAUAGAAACAGUGACAUAGUCCCCAAGCAAAUAAACGUUGGAAAGUAGAUAUGCUCAUUUUUCUAUAAAAAUAGUAAUACAAUUUAGGCAUCAACAUGCAACAUAUUACAUAUGUAGUUCUCAGUAUUAAAUGUUGUCCAAAACCAUCCACUCAGAAGUAUUUGUUUCAUGGAUUUGUCUGAGUAAUUUUUAAAACCAGAAUUAAAUUUUUAUUGAUGAUGAGCUUGCUUAAA